ACAUGCUGACAUUUGUCUCUAUUGGUUCUACCAACAGAAAUUGAAUUCAUUGUAUUGCCCACAUUUUAACAAAACUAUAUUUCAUCCUAUUAAAUAUGUCAUAUAUUUUCUAAUAUAAGUAUACUACUCUGUAUAUCAGAAUUUGGCUUUGUUCAAAGGAAACCAGGGCGUGGUGAUACAACAUCGUCCAUGAGCUGUUUUGACAAAAUCACCCGCUGGAGCGUUGUAGGAAUUCAAGGUGCAUUGCUGUCACAUAUACUGGAACCCUUGUAUUUGUCCACCAUUACUAUUGGACAAUUACCUGAUGGUACUCCUGAACGAUUCUCUAUUAAAAAUAAUAUCAAGAAGGCCCUGGAUGCUCGUCUGUCCUCUCUACCCACCGAAUUGCCACCUCCUUUCAAAAUGCAGAAGCCAAAGGUUUUUGAGGCGCCUGUACCACCAACAGAGUUUCAACAGAUUCCUGGAGACGUACGCCUCUUGACAUGCGGGUACUCGAUUUGUUGGAAUAAAUCCGGUUUGCAUGAAGUUGUCUUAGGUACAACUGGUAGGAAACAAGGAACCUCAUCAAAGGCAGCGCACUUACCCUCCACCGAGUCACUGCUCUGCAAGAAAAGACUACUAGAAGCAUUUGUGUCUCUUGAGCAUCCUUUGGUGGGGCAACUAAAAUGCGAGGAGCUAUCUUACCGGGCACUAUAAUGUUUGUUCUCAUCGUUAACCUUUGGUUUGUUGAACAUAGAAAAUAGUCCUGCUAG